AUGCGCUGGGAUCCGGGAGAACGAUACGCCACUUCGAAACUACUUCAACAUCUCGUUCUGCCCAAGCUCACAGCCUACGUCAACCCUGAUGAUGUCAUCGUCAACCUUGUAGACCCUGGCUUCUGCAAAGGAAGCGGACUGCACCGCGAUGCACAUGGCAUGAUCAAAGCUAUACUGUCGCUAAUGAAGACUAUCACUGGUCGAACACUGGAGACGGGCUCAUCUACAUAUGUCGACGCUUCUGUUAUCAAAGGCAAAGAGUCGCAUGGUUGCUUCGUUAUGGAUUGGUCGAUCAAGCCAUUCGCAAACAUGGUCUAUGACCCUAAAGGAGUCCCUGUCAUCAAUCGACUUUGGGAUGAGACAAUGACCGAGCUUGAUUUCGCUGGAGCACGAGACGUACUGAAGAAUUUGUAG